AUGGCUCGGAACGGACAUGCCAUGCAACUUCUAGUCCGACAUUAUCGCGAGAAGGCAGGACACAGCAGUGGCGUCAAGGAAACCAUGACACAACUGCAGGAACGUUUCUGGGUUAUAGCAGCAAGAGAGGUGAUCCCGGCCACAAAGGUAGAGGCAGCCUGCAAUUAUUGUAAGCGAAAGAAAGCUAGGCCAGCAAAACAAGUGAUGGCACCACUGCCGAAGAGCCUACUGUCAGAACCGUUGGAAGCCUUCGCAAGAACAUCUGUCGACUACGCUGGCCCCUUCGAGACAAAGCAAGGUCGUGGUCAGCGUCGGGCUAAGCAGUAUCUCUGUCUGUUCACGUGUAUGACCAGUCGUGCAGUGCAUCUAGAAAUGGCUACUUCACUAUCAACAGACUGCUUCCUGAACGCAUUCGAGCGUUUCUGCAGCAGAAGAGGAGUGCCAACACAUGUGCGGUCGGACAAUGGUACGAAUUUCGUCGGUGCACAGCGGGAACUACAAGAGUUGAUCAACCAGUUUGACGAAGAGAAGAUCGCUCAGAAAGCAGCCAACAAUAGUAUCCACUGGUCCUUCAAUCCUCCACUUGCACCACAUUUUGGAGGUGUUCAUGAAGCUAUGGUAAAAUCGGCAAAAUGA